AUGGUGACCUGGCACCUUUGUGCUGAGCCCUCUCCACCCACCAAACUUGUGUUGUUAAGCAUCGCAGACAACGUAACUACCAUCAUCACUAACGAAGUGGGCAGAGAUGAUCUGAAGCGCUUGAUAACUGAAGAUGGAGUCUGGAAGGCAUUUGUGGCAGAAGUAGCAUUGUCAAGCACAGAGGGAGCUGCCCUGCGUGAUGCACUGAAGAAGCAUUUAGCCCAGAAGCCCGCAGAUGAAAAUGAUGAAAGAGAAAAGAGGCAGCGGAGAAAAAAUUUUCUGAAAGAAUUUCCUGAGUUGAAAAGGAAACUUGAAGAACACAUCAGGAAGCUCCGAGCUCUGGCUGACCAUCUUGAUGAGGUGCACAAGGGCUGCACCAUCUCCAAUGUGGUGUCUGGCUCCACCGGCAUCGCUGCUACAAUCGCUGGAUUAGUUUUGGCACCCUUCACAGGAGGGGCUUCUCUGAUUAUCGCAGCUGCAGGUCUGGGAGCAGCAUCAGCUGCAACUGGUGUCACCACUACCAUUGUGGAAGAAUCCAUCAGAACGGCAGAUGAAAGUGAAGCCAGACGCCUGGUUGGAGCCAGCAUGGACUUACUGAACAGAAUUUUGAAGAUCAUGCCUUUGAUCACAUUCAAAGUUAGUAGUAAGGGUGUGGAGUUAUUCUGUGCCUGGAAAACCUUCAGGGAUCAUAUUCAAGCCAUCAGGACAGGCAGAGUCAGAAACUUCACAACGUUUGGAGAAGGUAUUAGGCAGUUGAGGAAUCUCAUCUCACACGAUAUUCCCCUAGGAACCAGACUAGCCAGGAUUGGAAAAGGAGUCGGUAAUGUUUCACUAUUUGGAUUUGAUGUGUAUAACCUUGUGACUGACUCCAUAGAUUUACACAAUGGGGCAAAGACAGAGUCGGCAGGAGCGCUACGGGAGGUGGCUAACAAUCUAGAAGAGAAGUUGCGCGAAUUUGAGCAGCUCCACAAGGAUCUACAGUCAUUCUAG